CCAGGGGGCGGGGUGGUGCCGGAACUCCGGGCUGCGAGGCAGCGGGCGCGCGGGGUUCAGUGUCCCAGCGGAGCCAGCCGCGUCGGCCGCCGAUAUGGGGCAGAUCGAGUGGGCCAUGUGGGCCAACGAGCAGGCGCUGGCGUCCGGCCUGAUCCUCAUCACGGGCGGCAUCGUGGCCACUGCUGGCCGGUUCACCCAGUGGUACUUUGGCGCCUACUCCAUUGUAGCAGGAGUGUUCGUCUGCCUGCUGGAGUAUCCCCGGGGGAAGAGGAGAAAGGGCUCCACCAUGGAGAGAUGUGGACAGAAGUACAUGACGAAAGUGGUGAAGUUGUUCGGGCCCCUCUCCAGGAAUUACUACGUCCGGGCCUUCCUGCACCUUGGGCUCUCAGUACCAGCCGGCUUCCUGCUUGCCACCAUCCUGGGGACAGCCUGCUUGGCCAUAGCGAGUGGCAUCUAUCUGCUGGCGGCCACUCGUGGUGAGCAGUGGACUCCCAUCGAGUCCAAGCCCAAGGAGCGGCCGCAGGUGGGGGGUACCAUCAAGCAGCCACCCAGCAACCCCCCACCCCGGCCCCCAGCCGAGGCCCGCAAGAAGCCCAGCGAGGAGGAAGACGAGGCGGCGGCAGCAGGAGUCUCCAGUGGCCCCCAGGAGAACCCUGUCCCAGUGACCGAUGAGGUUGUGUGACAGACUCCCUGAGUGGCUGCUGUCUCGUGUCGCUUUUCAGUGGGGGGACCCGCCCAGACCCCACAGGUGUACCCCCUUGCCUGCCCUGGGAACCACAGGCCCUCUCUUGGUGCCAUUCCCAGAAGCCUGUCUUUUCUCAAUGGUACUUGAAAUCACAAGCAUCUUUUAUUCCAUGAAAUACAGUUUCUGGAAUUCCAA